AUGGAUUCGCAAGUGGGCGACCAAGUUGAUGUAUUAGGUAGAUGUGCGGUGACAGUGUGGACAAGAUAAGUCGGGAGAUUCGGUUUCGGCGGUGGUGAUGGUGGUGCUGCCGUGGUAAGUAGUGCGCGCGCUGGGCAAUGGGAAAACGAUUGGGCUGGGAUGGUAGAUGUGCAAGGUGUGCUAGUUGUAUCGAAACUGCGGUGUAUUCCACUGUCCUGAAUUCGCAUAUGGCGGCAUAGAUCCACGCGGUAGAUGAAUGCCCGUGGACACUGGGGACAGUGGAGGCAGAUGCGGCGACUGUAUGUUGGUGCUCCAGGCACUAGUUCGUCAGUCUCUAUGCGAUGGACUCGCAAGUGACCGACCAGGCCGAUGUGUGUGGGGAAUGGACGACCGCCAUAAAGAUAGAUUGUGACCGUGUCCCGUACGCUCGGCCCAGCGCUCCAGACUCUGUCACUUACUUGUCAGAAGCGUUGAUCCCUCGGAUCUGAGAAGCGACGCUGUUCCUUUCCUUGAGUGACCGUAGAUCGCCUUGCUCGCAGGGAGGACGUUUUCCGUUUCAUUGCGGUCUACAUACCUCUUGAUCUUCUCGGUCAAUUGAGCCAUCCAGGCGUGCAGCAUUUCUCGACAUCGUCGCUGAACAAGGCGGCCUCAUUGCUAGAAGACCGCCUUGUUUGCAUGGGAUGGGUGGCCAAUGUAGGCUGUAUACGGGUUGUUUUUCGGCGAGCAGGUUGUUGAUGUCUGCGUCGUUUUUGUCGAACCAAUCCUGGUGUUGAUAACGUAAGCGACCGAGGACACCAAAGACGGUCGAAUGGACGGUGUCCCGCACUUGGCAUCAUCGAGACUCUACGGUGACUUUGACAGUCCUUCCAUGUGUUGGGCCAACUGAUUGUGGAAAUGUUAGCGGCGAGUAGGCAACUUCAACAUGACAAUAUUCAACUUGCCUGUUGGUCACUUGCCUUGUGCCUCCUGUGGGAUUACAGUCGGAGCCCCAUCUUGGAGACGACGAGGCAGUGGUUCGUGCAGCCAUCAGUGCCCCAGAUCGCCUUGGACACCAGCACUUCCUGUCAAUCACGUCGCCGGACGAGAACUUAAUUCGGCAACUGCCAGCGCCGCGAUCGGACCCGUUCGUUGGUGGGACGUAGGCGUUGAUGAUGAUGGCGAAUUGAGAUUCACGAAGAGGCAGGUACAGGCUCAUCAGUCGGCUGUUAAUGCUCUGCAGCAGACAGGGCAGUGAGCCCACGAUGUCAUUCCGGAUGGCAAACGCGACGCCGUCGUCUUGCCUCUCUGCCUUUUGGUGGCCGCUCUAGAGGGAGGUGUAACUGGCACCCACCUCCUCCAGCUGACCCUGUUCGGAAAAGUGAGUCUCACUGAGUGCAGCAAUGUUCGCCUUGUAGAGUACCGAUUCUCGAGCGACGACCACCAUCCUUCGUCCCAGUUGGUUACUCCUAGUAUUGUCUAAAAGGGAACGAACAUUGCAGGUUGUCAGAGUGUGCGAACCCAACCAAGCAGCCAGUCGGGUGGGACAGAGUCGAGGGAGAUGCUAAAGAGAGAGCUUGUUGUUCCUUGUUUUGUUGUUUCGACUGCAAGAUUUACAUCUUCGAGCACAGUAUACUAGAAGGCGGUGUUAUUCCCCAGCAUUUGUUUUGGACACCUUUUCUAGACCCUUCCUCACCACGGGAUAAACAGUGUCAUCCCAAGAUGCGGCAGCUUAGACAUCUUAGACGGCUGUAGAGCUUCAUCGGGGGUCACGUCUUUGCUUAACGGAAGGCGAUCCAUGUUAGCUUGGGCCGCGUACGGGAUUGCAUGUCGCCCUCUACGUAGGACAUUUUGAAUUUGGGAGGAGGGAUGGAUGAGGGUGGGAUGAUGAUGAUGAUGACGACGACGACGACGACGAUGAUGAUGAUGAUGAUGAUGAUGAUGAUGGUGAUGAUGAUGAUGAUGAUGAUGAUGAUGAUGAUGAUGGUGGUGGUGGUGGUGAUGAUGAUGAUGAUGAUGAUGAUGAUGAUGAUGAUGAUGAUGAUGAUGAUGAUGAUGAUGAUGAUGAUGAUGAUGAUGAUGAUGAUGAUGAUGAUGAUGAUGAUGAUGAUGAUGAUGAUGAUGAUGAUGAUGAUGAUGAUGAUGAUGAUGAUGAUGGGAAAGGGGGAUGGAGGAAGGGAGGUGGUGAGGGGGAUACGGGGUGUGGUAACACACAACACCGGGUACCCUCACCUAGUUUGGCCCGCCGGUCUAGGCAGCUACCGGGCUGUGGCCGCUAG